CUUGAACCGUACACCUAUCGAACGUUCUCAGCCAAAGACUGGACAGCAUUCUAACGGAACAUUUUGCAGACAUGACAAAGAUGGGCGAAAAGAUGUUCCGUCUUCGCUUGCUACAUGCAAUACUGUGGAAAAUGACCUUCCAACUCACGUUUGUUACCUCCAAGCAGCAAAACUUACCUGGCUAUUUGGGAUGUUUUGGUGAUUCGACUGAUCGCGCCCUCCCGGCGAUCAGUGAAUCGUCCAAUGAACAGUUUGUAGAGCGCUGCUUCAGACACUGUCUGGAACCCACCCAGUUUAAAUACGCCGGACUGGAAUACUCAUACGAAUGCUACUGUGGGAAUAACGAGGACUAUGACAAACACGGGGAAAAGCCGGAGUCCGAUUGUCAAGACAGUUGCGCCGGAAACAGCAACCAGAUCUGUGGAGACAGUUGGAGUUUAUCUGUGUACAGAGUAUCAGAUGGAGUAUGCAGUAACGACAUAGGACCACCCACCAAAGGAGAACACGCCAUCACCAACCCGCGUUCACUGUCUUACAAUCUCAACAACUUCAAGUUCUUCGGGACUCGUGUAGAUUUCUCCUGUGACCCUGGAUAUACCCUCCAUGGAGCAUCAAGCAUUGAAUGCAUUGCGACUGACUACAACAACGUCACGUGGAGUGACUCGGUACCGACAUGUGAAGUUUCUACUAACACGACAAUUCCAACGACAUCUGCGCCUACCACUACGCAUUUACAAAGCACUGUCACUGACUCACUGAUGACGAGUGGAAACUCGACAACCGAUAGGACGCCCUCUUCGACGGAUUUUCCCAGCGAGACACCGGGGGACAACGAACCAAAUACCGGAGCGCUCCAGACAGGAGCAAUUGUUGGAAUAGCUGUUGGAGCCGGAGUGCUAACUACACUGAUACUGUUAGUGGUUCUCCUCUGCAAGAAAAGAAGAAAACGAAAUAAGAAGAGCCCGGAUGUUAGGGGGGUAACAUUUGGAGACAGUUACACAAACAACGCUUACGCACUACCGGAGAUCGUGAGCCAGUCGAUCACGGACCAAUCAACGAUGCCCAUUUACAGUCAGGUCAUCAAGAACAAAACCGAUUCUGAUGACGUGUACGCUACUCCUGAUGACAUCACCAGCCCCGAUGAUAACGAGAACGUGCCUAGCGACCAACCAAAGGGCGUGGCUCCAUCACGUGAUCAGGAGAGUGGGUGGGUUGAGAACACGCUGUACAUGUGCGAAUCAUUCCCAGCCGAGCCUACGACGAGAGUCAAUUAUUCAGACGGACAAACAAACAGUGGACCACCGCUAACAAUGGAAGGAAAACCUGGAUGGGUUGAAAAUAUCAUCUACGAAUAAAAACAAAUGUAAACCCGCUGUAGAAACCUGUAUCACAAAAUUAGCAGACUUGUACAUAGAAAUGCGACUGGAUCUUGACUUGGCGUCGAGAGAUGUACAUGUUAAUAUACAUAUACUUAAAAAUGUUGUUCAAUUUUUGUAUUUUCUUCAACGACGUCAUUUCAGAAGUGCUGUCUUUUAAAGAGCUUACAACAAAUAUUACAAGAUUAGCAUAUGUGAAUUAAUCAAAUAAGUCAAUUAUGAUUUGCUCUGGUUCAGACAUUGGCAAAGUAUAAUGUUCUGCUUCUGUGAUUACUUAUAGAAAACGACAGUUUUGUGACGGAUAAUUAUUGUGACAAUUCCAAUGAUGACGAAAUGCCACAAACUGUGACUGUCAAUGUCUUUGCCCUUGUUAUUAUACCGAGCAGCAGAAUGGUGUGCAAUCCAAGUGUGAACUAGUG